ACUUGCACAUGCGCAGACUGAUGGUGUAUUCUGUCACCCAUCGUCUUGUAAAAGGCAGGGGAGCAGUGUGGGUUUUAAAUCUGCGUUAAUUUCUUCAUUUUUACGUUUGUACCUAUUCUUUUAGGCGUGUCAAACCAAACUUUAUUCGUUCUUCGUGUCGGAAUGAACUCAACUCAAACUUGAAGCGUUUUAGGUGAACUUAACCUGCUACUUAGCUUAGCUUGUUAGCUGCUAACAAAAUAAACCCGGAAGUUAUCAACACGUCGCUAAGUACAAUGUUGAGAGUGUUGGUGAAUUAGCGACUAACUGCGGCUGUGGGAGAAAUAUUUUUAAUGUUAUAAAGAAAGAUAGCAGAGUACGAGGGUGAAUCCAACAAAAGAGGAGAACGAGCGACAACGUCAACUACUGGACGCUGUUUUUAAGAAGCAUCAAGUUGUGUUGCACAGAACAGUAAGAUUUUAUGGUACCUGAAAGCCGGAGGGGUGUGGCCACAGGUGUGGUGACCGCCAGUGUCGGUGGGAGGAGGUAAUAGUCUGCAGCUGCAGGAAGAUGCAAGCUCCGCUCAUGUUUACGACGUCUGUGAAGAAAAUCUUCUUUCUAAGCAGCAGGAGUGGACCUCCAGGAUGGCGCAGGAGAAACCACAGCCCCCUCAUAUUAAAAAGGAAGACGAGGAGCCACAUCUUACCCUCAUUGAAGAGGAAGAUGAGGAAUUAAAGCCCACCCUCUUUAAAGAGGAAGAUGAGGAGCACCGUAUCAGUCAGAAUGGAGAGCAUCAUGAAGGACGAGAGGAGGUUGAUGUCCCCAAGAUGCCAUUGACUGGUGUCAUUGUGAAGAGUGAAGACGAUGAGGUCAAAAGUGAAAGUGAGGAGAAGAGAGAGGCGGAGCUUCCAAGCAGCAGCUCAACUCAACACAUGACAACAGAAGCUGAUGGAGACCACUGUGGAGGAUCACAAGCAGACAAGCCCUUAGCUCCACUAUCAGAUAGUGAUGACAUGACGUCACACUCUCCUGACACUGAUGAUGAAGACUCUGAAGCUGAUACAACAUGUCACACUGACAACACACACUUUGACUGUCCUCAUUGUGGCAAAAACUUUAAUCACCGUCGUAAUAUGAAAACACACAUGAGAAUACACACUGGUGAAAAACCCUUUUCCUGUUCAAGAUGUGGUAAGUGUUUUACACAGAAUAAUCAUUUGAAAAUACACAUGAGAACGCACACUGGAGAAAAACCUUUUAUCUGUUCAAUCUGUGCUAAAGGUUUUACACACAAUAUCAAUUUGAAAACACACAUGACAACACACACUGGCGAAAAGCAUUUUAUCUGUUCAGUCUGUGGUAAAGGUUUUGUACGAAAUAUUGAUUUAAAAACACACAUGAGAACCCACACGGGAGAAAAACCUUUCAUCUGUUCAAUCUGUGUUAAAGGUUUUACGCAAAAUAAUGAUUUGAAAGCACACAUGAGAACACACACUGGUGAAAAACCUUUUACCUGUUCAAUCUGUACUAAAGGAUUUACACAAAAUACCCAUUUGAAAACGCACAUGAUAACUCACACUGGUGAAAAACCUUUCAUCUGUUCAAUUUGUGUUAAAGGUUUUGUACGAAACGAUGUUUUGAAAAGACACAUGAGAACACACACUGGAGAAAAACGUUUUAUCUGUUCUAUCUGUGGUAAAGGUUUUACACAAAAUAGUGAUUUGAAAGCACACAUGUCAAUACACACAGGUAAAAAACCGUUCUCCUGUUCAAUCUGUGCUAAAGGUUUUGUACGAAAAGAUCCGUUGACAUUACACCUGAAAACACACACUGGUGAGGUAGUGUGAGUUGCAGUGUGUGAUGAAAAUUAAUCUUAAAAGUACCAGUGUAAGAAACACAAGUGAGAACAUCAACAGCAAAUGAAGCUGCAGGAUUUUAAAUAAACUGACAAAAUGUUAACUUUGACUAUCUGACAACAUCGCCACUUACAGUGCAUCAGGAAAUCACUUUCCCCACAUUUUGUUUUGUUACAAAUGGAAUAAAUUCGUUUUUUCCUCAGAAUUCUACAGACAAUACCCCAUAAUGACAAUGUGAUAUGUUUUUUUGCUAAUUAAUUCAAAAUAAAAAACUAAACAUCACAUGUACACAGGUAUUUAUAGCUUUUGCUCAUUUAUUUGUUGAUUUUGAUUGAUUGAUUGAAAAUGAUAUUAGUAGAUUGCACAGUUCAUUACAUAUUCCGUACAAUUGACCAUUAAAUAGUAACACCCGAAUAAGUUUUUCAACUUGUUUAAGUCGAAGUCCACGUUAAUCAAUUCAUGGUGAAUGAUGCACCUUUGGCAGCAGUUACAGCCUCAAGACUUGAGGCUCAAGUCUUUUUGAAUAUGAUGCCCAUUUAGUAUCGGUAAAUAGGUCAAAACUGUUGGAGCUAUCUUGGAAAAGAGGGAUGUGUGGUAUUAGAGCGAGGUGUCAGUGCUUUAUAACAGUGGUUCUCAAAUGGGGGCAUGCGUACCCCUGGGGGUACUUGAAGGUAUGCCAAGGGGUAUGUAAGAUUUUUCAAAAAUAUUCUAAAAAUAGCAACAAUUCAAAAAUCCUUUAUAAAUAUAUUUAUUGAAUAAUACUUCAACAAAAUAUGAAUGUAAGUUCAUAAACUGUGAAACGAAAUGCAACCAUGCCAUAUUCAGUGUUGACAGCUACAUUUUUUGUGGACAUGUUACAUAAAUAUUGAUGUUAAAGAUGUCUUUUUUUGUGAAGAAAUGUUUAGAAUUAAGUUCAUGAAUCCAGAUGGAUCUCUAUUACAAUCCCCAAAGAGGGCACUUUAAGUUGAUGAUUACUUCUAUGUGUAGAAAUCUGUAUUUAUAAUUGAAUCACUUGUUUAUUUUUCAACAAGUUUUUUGUUAUUUUUAUAUCUUUUUUUCCAAAUAGUUCAAGAAAGACCACUAGAAAUUAGCAAUAUUUUGCACUGUUAUACAAUUUAAUAAAUACGAGACUAAAGACAUAGUGCUGUAUUUUACUUCUUUAUCUCUUUUUUUCAACCAAAAAUGCUUUGCUCUGAUUAAGGGGUACUUGAAUUAAAAAAAUAUUCACAUUCGAUGUUUGAUGUCUACAGUAAAAACGUUGAACUAUUUCCUCUGCCUCGUCUCCGUGUGUUUACGAUAUGAACCCACAGUGUUGCUUUAAAUCGAGUACACUAGACUUUAAGAUACAUCAGACUUCAUCCAGCGGUCAUUUUUGCUCACUGCAGCUGUCGUGGGAUGCAUGGUUGCUUCAUUAAUCUCUCCAGGCAACGUUUUUUCACAAAUUCUUCAGUAAAUUCACCAAGACGUCUCCUUAGAAGUUUUGAGUCUAUCUAGUUGAUUGAAGAGUUGACUUCAGCAGCCAGUGGGACUAAGACAGAUCUUGCAAAAUAACUUGUGUAAAUCGAAAAUAACUCCACCUAAAGUAAUUAAUUUUUACAAACUACUUUGAAUUGCAUUCAGGAUCUUUAAAAAAAAAAAAGUUCUGUCUUCUCUUCAUAGUGUUUUCUGUUAUAUGCUUUUAUAUCGCUCCCAUUUUUGUGCAGUGAUUGCGUUGAUUUGCUCUGCUAUAUACUUUUAUCUCACUCAUUUUUGUGCAAUGAUUGUGCUGAUUUAUUAAUUACAGCGGAGCCGAUGUGAGCUCCUCUAUUUCCCCCAUAAAUUCCAAUAAAUAUCCGUUAAAAAACCGCCAACAAUACUCCAUUUACAUUUCGUGAUUUUAAUAUUAACCAUUAGUGAUAUUGUUAAUAUAAGCACUAAUGCUACGUGUGUUUCUAUGUUUGCUUGUUCCUUGUAAGUUUAUUGUAGAUCAUAAAACAUUAAUCUCACCUGGACAGAAGAAGUCUGAGAAGGUAUUCCAACAAGUUGGUACACCUUGACAGCCAUUUAGGACCCGGAAACGGCCAGAACGACACGAAAAGACGCUUGUUCCCCCGCCCAGUUUCUUUGUGAGGAUUAUGAGACAUUCUUCACCUAAAUGGGAAUAUAUGAACAUCCAAGCAGUUGGCAUCCUGAUCACAGCAGACUUGCACAGUAAGUGAUGUUUUAUUAUGUUAAUCAUUUAUGAAGAAUUAAAAAAAAAAGCAAACUUUGUGAUGCGUUUUUUGAAAUUAGCUUAAAAUGAGCAAAAUACGUAAAUAUUAAAUGUUAUUACAAAUGUGCCCGUUACUACAUUACAUGUAUACUUACAUCAUGUAUAUAAAACAUCAAUGGAAGUCUUUGGAUAUUUUUUCAAGGGCUUUAUUGGUAAGUACACGCGGUAGAAAUUGGAUGGAUAUGUUUUAUUUGGUUGAUAUCUUUUUCAACAAAUAUAAAAAAAGUAAAGUAAGGGCAAGCGGAUGCUUCAACCAGCAUUGUAGACCUUUUCAAAUCAAUUGAAUUGUGUUUUUUUUUUAAAUAAAUGUCCACAAUGUUGUGUACUAAUGCACAUACUAAAAACAUACAAAGAUGACAAGUACGUAAGUAUUCACAGCCUUUGCUCAAUACUUUAUCAAGGUUUUUUUUUUAAUAUGAUGAAUAUGGCAUUCCUACUUUUGGACAGUUUGUCCAUUCCUUUUUUGCAGCACCUCUCAAGCUGCAUCAGGUUGGAUGGGCAGUGUUAGUUUUCAUCCAGGAUGUCUCUACAAUGCUGCAUUCAUCUUAGUCUCAUCUGGGAUGGUCACUUUGUCAGAGCUACAGUAUUCCUCGGUGAAGAGAAGAGAACCUUCUAGAAGAAAAACCAUCUCUGCAGCAAUCCACCAAUCAGGCUUGUAUGGUGUAGUGGCCAGACGGAAGCUAUUUCUUAAUAAAAAGCUUGCAAACACGCAUGAAAUACUCUGACCAUGAAAAACUAAAUUAUCUGAGAGCCUUUCUCUGACACAAUGAUUGAACCCUUUGGCAUGAGUCCCAGGCAUUAUUUCUGGAGGAAAUCAAGCACCACUCAUCACCAGGCCAAAACCAUCAGUACAGUGAAGCAUGGUGGUGGCAGCAUCAUGAUGUGGGGUGUUUUUUUCAGCGAGAAGAGCUGGGAGCCUAGUCAGGAUAAAGGGAAAAAUGAAUGCAGCAAUGUACAGAGACAUCCGGGAUGAAAACCAAUGCUUCCCAUUCAGCCUAAUGGAGCUUGAGAUGUGCUGCAAAGAGGAAUGGGUGAAACUGCCCAAACUGCUUGUGGCAUCGUAUUCAAAAAGACUUGAGGCUGUAAUUGCUGCCAAAGGUGCAUCAACAAAGUAUUGAGCGAAGGCUCUGGAUACUUAAUGUAGAUAUGAUUUGUUAUUUCAAUACAUUUGAAAAAAAUAAAACAAUCUUGACACAUUGACAUUAUUGUGUAUUGAAAUUUUGAGGAUAAAAAUUUAUUUAUUCCAUUUUGGGAUAAGGCUGAAACAUAAAGUUGUUGAUCGCAACUUGACAGUUUACUGAAAAUCAUGCAGCUUCAUUCAUGCAGUAUUUUACACUUUUACUUUUGAGAGAAUCUUUCAUCACACACACUGCAACUCACACUUCCUCACCAGUGUGUGCUCAUUUGAAACUUCCCUUUAUCUUUUUGUGCAAAACCUUUAGCACAGAUUUAUCAGGAAUACGUUUUUUUUUACCUGCGUGUCUUGUCAUGUGUGCUUUCAAAUGACUAGUUUGUGUGAAACCUUUCUCACAUAUUGAACAGCUAAUAAGUUUUUCUCUAGUGUGUAUUGCCUUGUGUCUUUUCAAAUAAGUCUUUCUCGCGAAACCUUUACCGCAGAUUGAGCAGACAACAGGCUUUUCUCCAGAGUGUGUUAUCAUGUGUCUCUUCAAAUCAAUAUUUUGUAAAAAACCUCUACCGCAGAGUGAACAGGUGAAAGGUUUUUCUCCACUGUGCGUUCUUGUGUGUCUUUUCAAAUGAUGAUUUUGUGUGAAACAUUUACCACAUCUUAAACAGGAAAAAGGUUUUUCACCAGUGUGUGUCCUCAUGUGUGUUCUCAUAUUACAACGGUGAUUAAAAGUUUUGCCACAGUGAGAACAUUCAAAGUGUGUGUUGUCAGUGUGACAUGUUGUAUCAGCUUCAGAGUCUUCAUCAUCAGUGUCAGGAUCUGAUAGUGGAGCUAAGAGCUUGUCUUCUUGUGAUCCUCCACAGUGGUCUCCAUCAGCUUCUGUUGUCAUGUGUUGAGUUGAGCUGCUGCUUUGAGGCUCCACCUCCCUCUUCUCCUCACUUUCACUUUUUACCUCAUCAUCUUCACUCUUCACAAUGACACCAGUCAAUGGCAUCUUGGGGUCAUCAACAUCCUCUUGUCCUUGAAGAUGGUCCCCAUUCUGACUGAUGCUGUGUUCCUCCUCUUCGUCCUUAAUGUGUGGGGGCUCUAGCUCCUCAACCUCCUCUUUAAUGUGGGUAAGAUGUGGCUCCUCCUCUUCCUUUUUAAUGUGAGGGGGCUGCGGUUUCUCCUGCUCCAUCCUGGAGGUCCACUCCUGCUGCUCAGGGAGAUUUGUUCUUCACAGACGUUUGCGGGACACAAGAAGACAAACACUUUAUAAGAAAAGUCCAGCUUUGCUCAGUCACAUAAGGCAAUGUGUACAUUAAUGUACUUUCCUUUGUGUGCUAAGUUUUACAGGAACCACAUUGUAAUAUU